AUGAAGAUAUUCCUUAAGAAAUUAUUAUAAUUAAAGUUCCAAAAGAAGUUAUUAUAAGCUUAUUUUUAACCAAAAUCAAUUAUAGGUGGUGGAGGAUUCGGUAAAGUAUUCAUGGUUUAAAAUAAAUUAGAUAAACUAUUCUAUGCAGUUAAAAAAAUUAAAAUCGAUCUAUAAAAAAAAUAAAAAAUUAUCAAAAAAACACUCAAAGAAGUCGGUCUUCUAAGUAGACUAUAACAUAAUCAUAUUGUUAGAUAUUAUUAAGCAUGGAUAGAAAGAGCAGAUGAAUAGACUUUAAAAGAAUUAAAAGGAAGUGAUGAUGAGGAAGAUGAUGAUUAUGAUGAUGAAAUAGAAGAUGAAAGUAGUUCUUAAGAAGAAAAUAAUAAUAAAAAUAGUAAUAGCAUUAAUAAUAAAAUAGAAAGUUCAUUACCUUUAUGCUAAUAUUCUGAUGAUGAUGAUAGUGAUUGUGCUUUCUAUUUUGAAAGUUAAGAUAGUGUAUAAAAAGCUAAAAAUAGUAAUAGUAUACUACUUAAUUAAGAAUCUUCAGAAGAAGAACAAGAAUAAAGUGAAAUAAAAACAAAAAAAAAUAAUAAAAUAAUAAUACUACACAUAUAAAUGGAAUAUUGUUCCGGAAAUACAAUAAGAGAAGUAAUAGACAAAUAUUUCAAAGAAAAUGAAAAAAAUAUUGAAAAUAAAAUUGAUAAAAAACAUCGAAAAAUACUAGUUGCUUAAAUCCUUGAAGCCUUAAAAUAUUUACAUGAGCAAAAAUUAAUUCAUCGAGAUCUAAAACCAUAAAAUAUCCUCUUAGAAAACGGCUAAAUAAAGCUUGCAGAUUUCGGUCUUGCAACAAAAUUAAGCUUGGAUCGUAUAUUGGAAAAAAAAGAACUAAAAAAAUAAACUAGUAAUAACAACUAUAAUGAAACAAAUGAAAUAUAUACAAAUAAAUUCAAAGAAUUAACCUAAGGCGCUGGUACAGAAACGUAUACAGCUCCAGAGUAGAAAUAUUCAAAAAGCUACGACACUAAGGCCGAUAUGUAUUCUUUAGGAUUAAUUAUUUUCGAGAUGUGGUACCCUAUAACAACUUUUGCAGAAAAAAUACAUGUAUUUAACAAACUGAAAAAUUUUAUUGAAUUUCCUUCCGAUUUUUAAAAAAAAGUAGGUGAAGAUGCCGAAGACAUAAAAACUAUGAUAACUUAAUUAUUAGAUAAAAACCCUUCAAAAAGGCCUUCAGCAAAAGAACUUUUAAAAAAAUUUGACGAUAAAAAAUUCGACGAAUAUAUCAGUCAAAUAACAAAUCCGAAAAACUACGAACAUGUUAAAUUAUUGAAUUCACUUUUCAAUAUACAUAAUGUUCCAGGAAGUAAAUACAGUGUAGAAUCUAAUAUGAAGCAUAUUACUUAAAGUCCUAUUUAUAUAAUGAUUUAGAAUAAAGUUUAGAAUAUUUUCUCAACUCAUGGAGCUAUUGAAAUUGAUGCAAAUCCUUUAGUACCUUUAACAGAAAAUAUAUAUACUUAUCUAAAAGAUUAAUAUUGGUUAGAUGAUACUAAUUAGAAUAGAAUAAAUUAUGAAUCUGAAAUAUUAAGAGUUAGUUAUGAAAUAUUGAAUACUUAUGAUGUUGAUAAAAGAUUUGAAUAUUAAAUGCGAAUAAGCCAUUCUGUUAUUGCAAGUACUGAAUCUAAUAUUGAUUACUUAAAGUUUGAGAUUGCAGAUUAAAUGUGGAGAAAUUAUAUUAAAGCUCAUAAAAUAAAAAUAAAACUAGUUGUAUUGGUUGGAGAUACAAGUGUAGGCAAAACAAAUAUUUUAAAAAGAUAUGUAAGGAAUCAACUACCAUAAAAUUCUGCACCAACAAUAGGAGUAGAAUUUGCAACAAAAACAGUUUAAUUAAAAAACGGUUUAAUAGUAAGAACAUAAAUAUGGGAUACAGCUGGUUAAGAAAGAUAUCGAUCAAUUGCAAGUGCACAUUAUAGAAGAGCUGUUGGAGCAUUAUUAGUAUAUGAUAUAACAAAAGAAAAAUCAUUUAGUUCUGUUACUAAAUGGAUGGAAGAUUUAAAAUAUUAAGCAGAUCCAGAUAUUAUAAUAAUGCUUAUUGGAAAUAAACUAGAUUUAGUAGAAAAAAAUGAUUCAGCAAGAAAAGUUUCAAUAGAAGAAGCAAAAAAUUUAGCAAUUGAAAAUAAUAUGCUAUUUGAAGAAACUUCAGCACAAACAGCAUAAAAUGUAAAUGAGGCUUUUGAAAGACUUUUAUAGGGUAUGUUUUUUAAUUUGAAAUAUUAAAUAAAUGUGUAUAUAUAUAUAUAUAUAUAUAUAAUUAUUUUAUAUGUAUAUAAAUAUUAGUAUAUAAUUUGA